UAGAGAAACGACAAAUGGUGAAACUUUUAGUCGACUUGAAGGAAAUCAACGGUCGGUAAGAACGAGAAAACAGACUUUGCUGUCGAUUUGUUGAUUACAGUCGAGAAUAUAUCGAUCUUCAGUAAAUGUUCUCGCAUAAAUAUCAUCUGACGAUACGUGGACACACGUCCGAAUUUGUUGAUAAGUUAUUUCGCGUUUGCAGAUAUACAAGAAAAAAAUAAAUCUGCGAAACAAAUUUAAUUGCAAAAAAAUGAUAUUAUAAAUUGUAAAGAAAUCAAAAAACAUUUUAAUGAUAAAAAACAACUUGUUCUAUGUAAAUUACACAAUGUGAUCUCUUGUGCUAGUAGAAAUCUGUAGAUAAGAGUUACAAUAAAUAAAAAAAUAUUAAAUACGAAGAAAACGCUUUGUGCAAUAAUAAAAAAGAUGUUUUAGACAAAAUAUUGAAAAGUCUCUAUUACGAAGGAGAAUAAAAGUUACAUUUCCGAGGGAACUUUAUUGAACGCGUUGAGAGUGUUCUCGUAUUUUGUUCGCCGCCUUGUACCUGCCGUGCAUAAAUUUGAAGGCGUCACACCUUAAGUGUCCAGAAACAAACAAACAGGAGUUAAACAAAUGUAAAUCGCAUCUGGCGUGCGGCCAAUAUCAGCGAUCGAUUUUGCGGCCCGCGAAAUGCCUUUCAAGAAAUUCAGGCCAAAGUUCUCUAUUUAUCAAGUUUGCGUAACUAUACUGGAAGCGAAGCACUUGCCGCAAAAUGCGAAUCCGCUGGUCGUUGUCAAAGUUGGAAAUCGCAAGAAGAGGACUGUCGUACGCGAGAGGACCGAUAAUCCCAUUUACAAGGAGGUGAAGUUAUCCAGUCUGUCGAAACUGAUUUGUGUAAAACGCUCGACUUGUAAUUAUUACUUUGUAUUCAACUUCACGUGCAAUUUGGACAAUCUGCUAAACACGGAAAUCACGAUAGCGGUGUAUCUGCGCAACUUCCUUCGGCGACUGAAGUUUCACGGAAGCACUUCCUUCGAAGUUGCCACAGUGUGGGAACAAGCAGAAACACGCUCAAUAUUUUUCAAUAAGCAUUUCCAAGAUGUACGUUGCACAUAUGUAUAUAUAAAUGUAUCGCUUCUGCACAUAGAUCGUCAGUACUAUCAUAAGUGGGCAGUGUUGACAGACCCGAAGGAUCUGACAGCGGGCCCAAAGGGUUACGUAAAGUGCAACAUCACGGUGAACGUCAAGGAUGAGAAGGUGAAGGCGCAUCCAGAUACAAUGGAUGAAGACGAUAUCGAAGGGAAUCUACUGCUUCCUAUCGGUGGUGAGAGACUGCCCUUCAGGCAACGCGCUCGAUACGUCUUCGUCGUCUAUCGCGCCGACGGUUUGCCCGACAUGAGCAGCUUGUGCAGGAAAACCGAUUUCGAGAACGUUAAUCCCUAUGUGCAAAUAUCGUUCGCCGGGAUGAAGGGGUCGACGAGUGAAGCAUGGCAAACCUACUCCCCGAAAUUCUACGAGGCCAUCAUUUUCAAGGAAAUGUUCCCCGUGCUCUGCCAUCGCGUGAGAAUCACUAUAAAACACCGUAUCGACAGUUGCCGGACUUGCACUGUAGCAGUUCAUAUCCUGGACACGACGAAGAUCUCGAAUUCUAGAGAAUACGGAUUCCUGCCGACUUACGGGCCGUCUUUCAUCCACUUUUACGGAUCCGACUCUGUGGAAAAGAACGGCUGCUCGGGCAAAUGCUUGACGGCAAUGCCUUUGUAUCGCGGAAGGGUGCUUCUGUCGCUGAAAACUGAAAUGGAUGACCCAGAAGCAUCCCCCGGAAUCAGAGUUGAGACUGUUCCAGCAUUUCCCAUUAUCGAAUUUCUGACAGAAAAUGAGUUGUUGGAAAAGCGAGUAAAAUUCGAGAGUCAAUCAGCGCCGCGAACGACUGGCAGUUUGGAUGGCAAGUAUAAUUAUGUGCCUUUAGGAUCCAGGAAGCCUUGUCUAUACGUGAGAUCUUGGUGGCCAAAUUUGAAAUGGCGGAUGUACAAUAGCAAUAAUCUCCGCCAUAUCUGUGACUUUUUGGAAACAAGAUUAGAGAAACUAGAGGUUCUUAUGGCUAGGGAGAAUCCAGUAGCCUUCGUGGCUUAUAAUGAGACGAUGCACGCGUUAAAAGUUCAUUGCACACGUUACUUACACGUAUUGGACACCGGCAAGUACGAAAUCGAAGGGGGAACCACGAAACUCGAUCGCCACCGAGCAAGUUUGUGCCGCAGAAGUGUCGAAGACAUUCUCAAGAGAAUGAAGAUCACCGGUGAACUUCCUAAUAAUAAUUACAUGAGAAUCGCAAUGGUCCACGCGUAUCAGUAUCUAAGAAAAUUGAGGAACCUGUGCGACGAUCCCCAACAUAGUCUGCCGGAUAUCUUCGUCUGGAUGAUCGCCGGCUCGAAGCGAGUCGCUUACUCGCGACUGCCAGCCGAGCAGAUCCUCUACUCCGAGGAGGCAGUCGAAAUGGGCGGGAAAUGCGGUCGGCGAAUCAAUCUGUUCCCAAGGAAUCAGAACGACGAAAGAGAACCUGUCGAAUACAGCGCCUGCAAAAUCGAGGCAUUUUUGUGGCUCGGCAGCGCGAAGUACGCCGCCGCGUGUUGGAGCGCAAUUCCGCCGGGAUACGAGAUCGAUCACGGUAGAAAUGUCGACACCUUCCCAAAAUACAUCGAGUACAAUCAGUCCUCGACGUUCCAGUUGCGAGCUCAUAUAUUCCAAGGGCGCUUUGAUCCCGGAAUGGACGUUUCCGGCUUGCUAGACUCGUUUGUACGCGUCGCAUUUCGGGGAUACACGGCUUCCACGCAGGUAAUACGACAAAGUUUAGAUCCAUUUUGGGACCAGACGUUAAUUUUUCCGCCGAUUAUUUUACACGGAACCAAGGAACAUAUUAAAUUUCUACCACCCGAAGUCAUUUUGCAGGCUUUUCAUCAAGAUUUAUGCGGCACGAGAGAAUUCUGUGGUAGGUGUAUUGCCGUGCCAUUAGUGAAACUCGCCACGGAAACAUACUCGCCGCCCGAUUUCCCACCGAAAUUAGAGUGGUACAAAUUCCAGUCGCAAAAAGAUUGCACUGGUUCAGUGCUCGCCGCUUUCGAGCUGAUGGAAGUAGAGAACAAAGAGAUUUCGGACGUUCCGAUGAACAUGAUAGUAGAGGACAAGAUUUACAGCAUCCCACCGGAUAUCAGGCCGAAAAUGACAAGCUAUAGGCUGGAGGUGAUCUUUUGGGGUGUUCGCGACAUGAGAAAGAUAAAAUAUAUGCCGGUCCGCAGGCCGAGAAUUAUAGUGGAGUGCGCCGGAGUGCACGUCAAGUCCGAGGUGAUGAAGAACGCUAGGAGAUUUAGUAACUUUGAGGAACCGCACAUUAUGAUUGAGCUGUACCUUUGCCGAUCGAUUAUAGUCCCUCGAAGGAAGAGAGCAAAGGUCUCAUUGCAUAUAAGAGGAUGGCUGCAACGGACAUCUACUCUAAGAAAUCAGAUUUAUUCCACGGAGCUGGAGAUGCAGCCGCAAUUCGAAGAAUUUCAAGACCGACUCCGCUCUUUCGAAUUGUGGCGCGGGAGAAGGGGUGAAAGUCCAGAACACGGGAGCCCUGGAGAUAAUUACGCUGGUAAAUUCAAGGUAAAUUUAGGACAUAUUUCUAUAUACCGGUGGCCGCAUCCUGAUAAUCUUCCGUGCAAAACGAGAAGCGGGAGAGACGCGGCUAAUGGCCUGUGCAACGAUUAUCCGCCUCAAGAGCCUGUUAAGCUUCUCGUUAGACUCUACGUUGUAAAGGAGAUACCUUUCCAUUUUAUUCGCGGAAUUUUCUGGUGCACCUUAUACUCCUCGGUAAACUGGAAAACCCGUCUGCGGCAACGAGCCGACAGUAAAUUUGCUUUUCGCGCAGGCAUUAACUUACAACCUAAGGAUCCCCUCAGCGGCAAGUCCGACCCGUAUCUCUGCGUGAAGCUGGGAAAAAAUUCUAUCAGCGACAGGAAGAAUUAUAUACCCAAUCAAUUGAAUCCUACGUUUGGCCGUAUGUUCGAGAUCGAGGCAAACUUCCCGCAGGAUUACAUGUUAGAGAUUCAAGUAUGGGACUACGACGCGACGACGGCCGAUGAUCUGAUCGGUGUGACGCGCAUUGACAUCGAAAAUCGAUUUUACAGUCGUCAUCGGGCGCAUUGUGGACUCGCAAACGCUUACAGCACCGUCGGUUACAACGCAUGGAGAGAUCGCGAGAAACCGACGCAGAUUCUGGAGCUACUCUGUAGAAGGAACAAUUUACCGCCACCGGAAUACGGUGAACGCGAGAUUAAGAUUGGCAAGCAAUCGUUUCCCUUUCACGCCGUGAUUGAACGCGAAGGCGAGGUCGAGAAACUUGUAUUAAAUAAUCAAUGUCUUUCAACAGACAUAGAAGAAUGUAUGGCUCUCAGCGUGCUUCAUCACUGGCAAGAUUUUCCUACCUGCGGAUGCGCUUUGGUGCCGGAGCACGUCGAGAGACGGCCACUUUUCAACGUUAAGAGGCCCGGUCUCGAGCAGGGCAAACUCGAGAUGUGGGUCGAUCUGUUUCGAAUUGGGCAAUUGCCACCGAAAUCGGCGGUCAACAUCACUCCCCCAACACCGGAGGAAUAUGAAAUUCGCGUGAUUGUUUGGAAUACCGAGAACGUGCCGUUGACCGAGAGUCAAUUUCUCACCGGUGAAAAGUGUUCCGACAUUUAUGUCAAAGGAUGGAUUCAAUACGAGGAUCACCAGAAGACCGACAUUCACUACAACUCCCUGACCGGUGAGGGUAACUUCAAUUGGAGAUUCGUAUUUCGUGUCACGUAUUCGAAAGGCGAGAACGUUAUGAUAGUCCGCAGGAGAAUGUCGGUGUUCGCUAAAAACGAGAUCGAGGAGGAACUGCCUUGCAAGCUUCGUUUACAAGUAUGGGACAGCGAUCAUUUUUCCUCGGAUGAUUUUCUAGGAGAGUUGACACUAGACUUGUCGAGAAUGCCGCGAGGCAGUUUAAACUCCAAAACCUGUACGCUAAAGUUACUCGAACCGCAGUUACCUACAAUAAAUUUAUUCAAAGUUACCCGGACCAGAGCUUGGUGGCCCUUUACCCGUAGUAUUGGCGCAGGCAGAUAUAUACAAGCGGUAAAGUGUAUCAUAAAACCUCAACAAAUUUUGACGUAUUAUUACGAUGGUAACGUUGAACUGGAAAUAUCCGUUUUGAAGGCAAUAGAUGCGGAUAAUCGACCAGCAGGCAAAGGAAGAGAUCCACCUCAAAAUCUUCCUCCCCCAAGACGACCCGAUACUUCUUUCUCCUGGUUCCGCAAUCCAUGGAGAGCGUGCUGUUUCGUCGUUUGUCGCUAUUAUAAAUGGCGAAUACUAUGCUGCUUUAUGUGUACGCUAUUCGUGCUCUUAGUAGCAUGCGGGAUUUACGCUUUUCCUGGAUAUUUUGUUAAACGUCUUUUAGGCGCUUAGCUAAAGCGGUAUUUAACUUAUGUACGUAUGAAUACUUCUAAGUUUUAUUUUAUAAGCUUAAAAUGGUAUUAUUGUAAUUUAUGCAUAAAAAACAAA